AUGGAUAACAAGAAGAAUAAUAAUAAUAAUAAUAAUAAUAAUAAUAAUAAUAAUAAUAAUAAUAAUAAUAAUAAUAAUAAUAGUAGUAAUAUUAAUAAAGAUAACAUCAGUAAUAAUAAUAGCAAUAAAGAUAAUUAUCUUCAAACACAUAUCGAUAGUUUAUGGAUAAAGAUUAAAAGUUCAUCUCAUGAAAUUGAAUCACUCUCACAAAACAUAGACACAAUCAGCAAUCACUUUCAACAACUUCAUCAAUAUUUAAUUGUCGAAGAACAUAAACUAAAGAAACCAAUCAUUAAUGUUAUCGAUAAAUUAAGAGAUGAAAUCAAUCAACAUCUUGAUCAAUUGAAUCGAUUAUCAACAUUUAGUUUAGAAUAUAUUGGCAAUGAUGAUGAUAUUACAGUUCAAUAUUCAAUAGAAUCAAUGAUUAAAAGUAUUCAAUCAUCACAAACAAUCAUUGAAUUUAUCGAUAAUAACAAUAAAACUAUCUUUAAUCAACAUAAUAACAAUAAUAAUAUGAUAAACUAUUAUAAAGAUAAUAUUGAUAAUAUAGAUUCAAUCAUUUUAUUGUUAAUUAAUUAUCACAAUCAUAAAUUUCAAUCAAAGUUAAACAACAUUUCAAACAUCGAAAUUAAAUUUAACAAAUCGAUAUGA